GUGCUCUCUAAUCUCAAGGCUAAAGUGGUUCUCUUGCUGUCUAAGAUUCUAAGCAGCAGCAGCAUCCUGCUCAUGAAAGAAACACUGAGGUAUUUGGCAGGCAUUGCAGGGCCAAGUGGUUAUGGCUCAAAUUCAACGGCUGAGCAAGUUACUCAAGAUUCUGCCUCUUUACAUUUAACUGCCAUCAUCACUGGGGCUACUUCAGGUAUUGGGGUUGAAACUGCUAGAGUGCUGGCUAAAAGAGGUGUGAGAGUAGUGAUUCCUGCAAGGGAUUUAAAAAAGGCAGCCGAAGCAAAGGAAACUAUACAAAAGGAGAGUCCAAAGGCAGAGAUACUAAUUUUUGAGACUGAUUUAAGUUCCUUUGCUUCUGUCAAGAAAUUUUAUUCUGAUUUUCUUGCUUUAGGACUACCCCUUAACAUUCUCAUAAACAAUGCUGGGAUAUUCUCUCAGAAUUUGGAAUUUUCUGAAGACAAAAUUGAGAUGACAUUUGCCACAAAUUACUUGGGGCAUUUUUUAUUGACAGAGUUGCUAUUAGAGAAAAUGAUAGAAACAGCAGCAGGGACAGGCAUCCAGGGCAGAAUAAUAAAUCUUUCUUCUGUGAUUCACAGCUGGGUGAAGAGAGAUUCUUUUUCUUUCAAUCAAAUGAUACGCCCAAAGAAUUACAAUGGCACACGUGCAUAUGCUCAAUCCAAAUUGGCGACUAUAUUACAUGCCAAGGAAAUGGCUAGACAGCUGAAGGCAAGGAAUGCAAGAGUAACAAUCAAUGCAGUACAUCCAGGCAUUGUCAAGACAGGAAUAAUUAGAGCUCACAAGGGUUACAUUACAGAUUCUCUGUACUUUAUUGCGUCCAAGUUACUAAAAUCAACAUCUCAGGGUGCAUCAACCACAUGUUAUGUUGCUUUAAGUCCACAAGCAGAAGGUGCAACUGGGAAAUACUUUGCAGAUUGUAAUGAGAGCAACUGCUCAGCUCUGGCUAAUGAUGAAUCUGAAGCACACAAGCUCUGGAAACUGAGCCGUGCACUCAUCCAUAGACGACUGUAUCAACCGCAAGCCUGAUCGUUGAUUGUACAAAUUCUAUUUUAGGAGCCCAUUCAGCCAUUUGUAUAGUAGACUUUUGUGUAUUAAAUGUGCAUAAGGCAAAUUUAAAAGGGUAAAACAUACUGAUCUAAGCUUACAUGGAUAAAUAAUUGAUAUGGCUAGGCUGUACUAAGUCCACUUUGUGCUAGUAAAAAUAAUGGCAAAUUUAUUCUUUCCUUUA